AACAGUGUGAAAGACGUUCAGGGGAAGCGUGAAGUGUUUUAACUUUCUAGGAUUCAUCUUUAAUCAAACGAAUUGGCACUCAGAAUAACAUAUCUGUUUACUGAACUGCUGCAUCCAUCAACACUGCGAGCACCAAACACUGGUGUUCAUCCUUCUAGCGGAUGAGAGUGGCUCACCGUCUGUAGUCAAUAUGGAGACAGAAGCCGAAGUUAUUCCCAUCUGGCAAAAUAAGCCUCAUGGAUCAACUCGCAGUGUUGUGAGAAGAAUAGCUUCAACUCUUCCACUCAAACCUCCACAAAGAGCACGUUUCCAGGAGCUUCCUGGUUUGCCUUCUUUUCGUCCCAAAGACGGCCCUUCAGUCCCUACUUUGGCAGACAUCGCCUGGAUUGUUGCAGAUGAAGAGGAAACAUAUGCCAGAGUUCGGAGCGACACACGUCCUUUGAAACAUGAAUGGCGACCCACACCUCUCCUAGUGCUCCACAGGAACUCCUCUGUUCCCAACUUCCGUCGUGAGGGUAAAAGGAUGGAGGUGCUCAGGAAGCCCGGCGUGACGGCCCUCAAUCGGACCACCGCCCUGCAGGAUGAGCUCAGCAAACUGCGGGCUCAGAUCGCCAAGAUCGUUUCAAAUGAUACAGGUUCCAACCCUCUGACCCCAGAUCUGCUCUCCCCAGACGACACAACCAUGAGUUUUUCCAUGGCGCCUUUCGAGACGGCAUCCUACCAACCAGCCAGUGUGGCUCCCGCUUCCUUCGUCAUCAGCGACGUCACAGAAGAGGAGGAAGAGGAGGAAGAAGAAGUGGAGGAAGACGAGAAAGAUGAUGUUUCUAUCGUGUCAGAGCUGGUCCCCGACCCUCUGCCGCCUGUCUCCAUGACGGCAUCAGCGACCUUUGAUCUGGACAGGCCCAGCAUGGACUUCCGGGAGGCGGAGGAGGACACAGUGUCUCUGUCCAAGUCCACCAGUUUUGCUGACGUUAUGGACAUCCUGAAGGAUAUGAACAAAAUGAAGAUGAGCAAAGACAGGUAUAGUCGAGGAUGCACGUCGCUCAGAGAGGAAGACUCGGCUACUCUGAUCUCAGAAGCUCUAAGGAAAAAGUUUGUCCUGCAGAAAGAAGAUACUGCGACUGUGAGAAGGAAAUAACAAGUUCAGUUAUUAGUCAUAAACCCUGAUCCUGCUGCCUCAUGUAAGUCAGGAGACGUGUAGUUUCAGUAGUUUUCUUUUUAUUUGUUGUGAACACAUGCCCACAGAUCCUCAGUUUCUCUCCAGACUCAAGGCAGCGUCCGUCUGCCAGAGUUACAACAGAAACACGUUUUGUCAUUUAAAAUCCAAGUCCACGAUGGUGGAGCGUUCCGAGGCCCAGCAGCCAUGUUUCAUGACGCUGCAGAUUACACGCAGCGUAUUUCUUCCCAGCAGAUUUUCGUCCCUGUUCUGAAAGUAAAUCUGGGUUUCAUUGAAAACAGUAAUCGAGGUUCAAGCCAUAACUCGUUUGGGUUUGGACUAACAACGAAAGUUUUGUUGCAAGUCUUUUUUUAAAGCUGUUGUUUUUGUUUCCUCACAGAAAACAUGUAAAUGAUAAACCUUUUUGUUUAAUGUUACCUAAAAAAAAAAAAACCCAGACUUGAACAUAUUUUGUGUGUGGAUGAAACUGUACGGGCAGAGACAAACUUAACUUUUACAGCACGCGUGGGAAAACAACCUUCAACUAAAGUGUCUGUGCAGAGUAUGUGUCAUCGUAAGCUUCUUUUGCCCUUUCCUUUUUGUUUGUGACCUAAACGUGGAUGUGAUCGAGCCACAAGAUCCAAAUUUAAAACUAAAACUGAACGGAAUGUGUUUUUUUUAGUAAUAGAGUUUAAGAGUGAACCGUGUGUUGUGUAAAUCAAAACACAUCUUUACAAACACACGCUUGUGCAAAUAGUUUUAAAUGCACGUUUCCCUGCAUGAGAAAUCUGCUGAUAGUUCAAGUCUCGGCUAAAACAAGACAACAGUAAACCAGAUUAUUUAUAUAAUUCUCUGCCAUUUCAAUCAAACAUCAAGUUAAAAAUGUGUUUGAGUCAAAAUAAUGAUGGUUAAUGUUCCAGUCGUCGCCUUGGAAGAAAUCCUUCUUCUGUGCAAAACCUUAAUUUCAUUCCUGUAGUUGUUCCAAGUGCCAAGGAUUUGUUUUAUACCAGCCUGCUCCUUGUUGCCUGUCCUGAACGUGUCCUUGAUUUUUUUCAUUUUGUUAGCCGCCAUGUUCAGGCCUUUUCAAAGAGAAACACUCAUAAAAAGCUAAGUUUGCUGUGUAAAAACAUUCAGCUGAGCAACGUUUGAACUGACCGAGGGAUGUUUGUCAGUGGAGUUUAAGUGUUUUUUUAUACUAGCCCAGCUUUCAAAGUUCUUACUGUCGUGGUAAAGGGAUGAAAAACAAACAGCGUCAGUUGAAUUGUACAGGUUGUGCCUCAGUAGGUGAGAUAAUUGAUGCUACACCGUUUACUGUACCGUCGAAUGGGAAAUGUUGGUUUUUCACUUUUGCUGUAGUUCUGAGUGAGUGUAACUUUUUGUAGAACCGAGCCCUCUUUCAGCACCACGUGUGUAUUUUUUUCCUGUUUGUUGGUUUUUGUUAUGCAAAUACCUGUAAAUAAA